AUGAGGGUGCUGCAACGUGCGUUGUGUUUUUUUGCUUUCCUGCUGAGUGUUGCCUCUCUCUGCGUGUCCACCAGUGGGGCUGCUGCACCUCCUGAAGCUGAGUCGGAUACUCGUUGCCCUUCUGAUUCUGGGCUUGAAUGUCCUCCUGGUGGUCCUGCACCUGGUGUUCAUCCCCCUGCACCUGGCGUUCAUCCACCACCACCAUCUAUUCCUGAUUCUGCUGGUCCUUGUCCUGAAGGUUCUGAAUCUUCUGAUCCUAAUGCUUGUCGUCGUGGUGGAGGUGGCGGUGGCCCACAUCCUACUACUGGUGGUCCUUCUCCUGGUCAAGGUGCUCCUGGUGCUGCUUGUCCUGAAGCUGGAGCCGGUGAUUCCAAUGGCGGUACUUGUAAUCCUUCUUCGUCUUCUUCUGUUGGUGUUGGUGUUGCUGGUCCUGGCACUCAUCCGCAACCUGCCGCAAGAGACUCUGCAUCACUUACACAUGAAGACGCUCCUCAAGGUGCACAAAGAUCCCAAGAUUCUAUCAGUGAACGCGAUCCUGCAGAAACUGCUGCCGAACCUCCUGCAGGCGCUUCUGGCGAAGCUGCUCCUUCUGGUCCAGCUGCUGGUCCUUCCAUUACAUCUUCCUCACCAGGUGAUGGGAGCAGUAGUGAAUCUUCAAGUGUUGGUCAAACUGAAAGCGCAACAACAUCAACUUCUACUUCUCCCACUAAUUCGUCCACAGAGAGUACCGGUGAUUCUGAUGGUGGAACGACUGAAAACGGCAUUACACCUGCAGGGAGUGAGUCAGUAAAUACCCCAAGUGAUGCUGAUAGCACAGAUACAACCACCACCACCACC